AUGAAAUCAUAAUUAAAGCACCCAAAGGAUGUUCAUCCUAGGCCUUCCUCGUCAAUGGAAGAUAAAGAGGAGGCUUAGAUGGAGUGCGUUGACAUUUAGAGAGGUCAAGAAUUGAUAAGGGGAAAGAAAGUGAGAUUCAGGACUAAGGAGCCCCUACAAAUCCUGUCGGGCCUAGCUUCUCAGAGGAGGAUGUUGAAUUAUUUAUUCAAACUGAUACUGUAAAUUCAAAUAAUUCUAAAUUGCAAUUUAAAGAUUAAAUCUUAUUCCCUUUUCAUUUUUCAUCAGCAAAUUUUUCUAAAAGUUGAUCUUGUAUGA